AUGAACAGCCCAUUCCGAACCCUCCUAUCCUUCUCCCAACCCCUCCGUUCCUCCUCCCGAUUGUCCAUACAUUCAACAUCCUCCUUACCUCGUCGUGCGUUGAUGACAUUCCCUCAUCCAACACUCGAAGAUCCCUCAUCAGGCUCCACCAAACUAAUAAUCAAAUCGUUCAACCGCAAUUUCCCAUCCCUCAUCCAGAUCUACACCGUGCUCAAGCAAGUUGAGAAGAAAUUGAAUAUCGAGAUAUUUGAUUUUUCAAUUCUCAAAGAUCACGACUCCCUCUCUCCCCUUAACACAAUCUUCCUCACGACAUUGAAACCUAUACAGUUGGAGAGUCCAAUAUUGAUGGAAAUCCCUCUAGGUUCGAAGAACAUAUCGGGAGAAAGUAAUUUCUUAGGUGGACCAAGUUUGAAAGAUAUUCAAAAUGCCUUGAACACAACUACCCAAACCCAUUCUCCCCUUCACCAGGACACUGAGAAUAUCUCAACCACAUCGAAUCAAAUUAAGAAAGGUGGAGACGGAGAAGAUGGAGAUGUAUUACAGAUAAAAAUCGAACUUCAACGUAAACCACUUAAAUCCAAAUCCGAAAGAAAGAACCAAACUAGACAUAAACGAGCUCGGCAUUCAUUAACAGGCAAAGAAGCUUCGGAUAUUGUCCAACAGCUAAAGGCGUUUAACGGAGGUUUUUAUGGAGGGUUCGAAGGAUUGGCAGAAAAGUUUGAUCAUUUGAUUAUAAGAGCUGAGGAGGAACAACCACAGCAGGUGGAACAGAUAGGAGGACAGGCUGUGGGAGGGGGAUUGAAUGACGAGAGUAAUGGUCAGAAGAACACAUCGAAUUAG